UGUCUGUAAAAGCUUUUAUUUUGACAUGAAAGCAGUUCAGAGAGAUGGCAGAGCUCUAUUUUAAGGCAGACACAAAGCCUGAUGGUUGUUUUUACUACAUUUGACUCCAGUCUGCUGUGUUUUAUGUGUUUGUCUCUGUCUCCUGUGGCUCUGCUGAUCUUGCAUGUUGCACCUCCGUCCCCUCUUCCAGAUGGAAGCUCCGGUGUUGAGGAGGCGUACCCAGGUUUGGAGACACAUCGCUGCAGGAAAUUAUCAACACAGAGAGUCUUUCCAGGCUAAACUCGUAUUACGAACAGUUCAAAGAAGUCCUGCCUGAGGACUGUCUCCCGAGGUCUCGCUCCCAGAAUUGUCUUCCCCAGUGCUGCUGAGGUUUCUGGGCCAGAACGUCAACGCCAGGAAGAACAAGAACGUGGACAUCCUCUGGCAGGCUGCCGAGAUCUGCCGCCGGCUGAACGGCGUGCGCCUCACCAGCUGUAAGAGCGCCAAAGACCGCACCGC